AUGAAGGUUGCUCUUGCAGGUGCCUCAGGCAAUCUUGGCCGCCCAAUCCUCAAAGCUCUCCUUGAUGCUGGUCUCCUUGUGACAGUCCUGUCUCGAAAGACCGGAAACUCACCUCCGCCAGCUCCACACCCCAAUCUUGUUGCCAAGAAGGUCGACUUUGACUCGGUUCCAGACUUGAAGCAGGCUCUCGAAGGUGUCGAAGUCGUCGUUUCCUGCCUUGCCACGAUCGCCAUUGGGAGCCAAAACCCCCUCAUAGACGCUGCUGAGGCUGUGGGUGUGAAGCGCUUCAUCCCGGCCGAGUUCGGGAUGGACUCUCUCAACCCGCUGUGCGCCGAACUACCGGUUUGCAAACCAAAAGUCAGCACACAGGCGUACCUUCUCGAGAAAUACAAGUCGAAUCCCGAUUUCACUUGGACUAGUAUCGCCAACGGCCUUUUCCUCGACUGGGGGAUUGAAGUUGGGUUUCUUAUUGACCCGGGCAGCCGCACCGCGACGCUCUACAACGGCGGCGACGUGCCUUUUAGCGUGACACUGCUUUCGGACAUAGCAAAGGCGGUUCUUGGUAUCAUAAACAACCAAGCCGAGACGAGGAAUCGAGUCGUGUAUAUCCAUUCCACGCUAACAACCCAGAACAAGCUGAUCCAGUAUGCGAAAGAAAAAGACGACAGAGAGUGGACUGUCACUACCAAGUCUACUGCUCAGGUCCUGGAAGAAAGUUUGGCUGAGCUGGAAAAGGCUGCGCAGGGAACUGGAGAUAUUGGUGCUGCCAUGAUCGGGUUUUCUGCUUGUGGGAUGUGGGAUCCCAAGUGCGGCUGCGACUUUUCUGAUCGUCUUGAUAAUGAGGUUUUGGGAAUCCGAGAGCUUAGCGAAUCUGACCUGAAGAAGCUAGUUCAGAGCUUUGUACCGGAGUAA